CGCGCUGCCCUUCGCCCGCCCGCCCGGGGCCGGCCCAGGCGGCACCGGCGAGGCUUCGGUUUCCCUCUUCCCCGGCCGCUGUAAUUGUAAACCGCCGGGAGCCCGGGGCCUAUAUUUAUCGAGAAACGCGUGUCCCCAAGGCCGCCGUGGGCAGCAGCAUCUGGCUGCCUCUUGAAUCUUGAAGGAUUUCUCCCCCCCCCAACCCCUAGUUUAAUUUUUGCGUUCUUUUUUUAAUUUUUAUUUUUAAAGACUUGAGAAGCGUCCAGCCAGGACAGCUUGCAAAUUACAAACUCUCGGGGAGGACCAGAGAUAUAUAAGUUAUUAUUGUUGUUGUUGUUAUUUUUCUGCGAGUCUUUGUCUUUGAGGUUUUGCGGUCCCGCGUGAGCCGUCCCCGCACGCUCCGGUCCCGCCUCCCGAGCGAGCCCCGCUCCAGCCGCUCCCGGUGCCACCUGUGCGCUGCGGCGCGGCCCCGGCUCUCCCGAGCCCCCUUUUGUCCGGCGGCGGCCCCCCCACGUGAGAAGUCCUCCUGGCGGGGCUCGGGGUGGUGGGGGGCGGGGAGAUGAACGCUGCAGCCAGCAGCUACCCCAUGGCCUCCCUGUACGUGGGCGACCUGCACUCGGACGUCACCGAGGCCAUGCUGUACGAAAAGUUCAGUCCGGCGGGGCCUGUGCUGUCCAUCCGGGUCUGCCGGGAUAUGAUCACCCGCCGCUCUCUGGGUUAUGCCUACGUCAACUUCCAGCAGCCAGCUGACGCCGAGAGGGCCUUGGACACCAUGAACUUCGAUGUGAUUAAGGGAAAGCCAAUCCGUAUCAUGUGGUCUCAGAGAGAUCCCUCUUUGAGAAAAUCUGGUGUGGGGAAUGUCUUCAUCAAGAACCUGGAUAAAUCUAUAGACAACAAGGCCCUUUAUGAUACUUUCUCUGCCUUUGGAAAUAUUCUGUCCUGCAAGGUGGUGUGUGAUGAGAAUGGUUCUAAGGGUUAUGCCUUUGUCCACUUCGAGACCCAAGAGGCUGCUGACAAGGCCAUCGAGAAGAUGAAUGGCAUGCUCCUCAAUGACCGCAAAGUGUUUGUGGGCAGAUUCAAGUCACGCAAAGAGCGUGAAGCUGAGCUUGGAGCCAAAGCCAAGGAAUUCACCAAUGUGUACAUCAAAAACUUUGGAGAAGAGAUGGAUGACGAGAGCCUGAAAGAGCUAUUCAGCCAGUUUGGUAAGACCCUCAGUGUCAAGGUGAUGAGAGACCCCAGUGGGAAAUCGAAAGGCUUUGGCUUUGUGAGUUAUGAAAAACACGAGGAGGCCAAUAAGGCUGUAGAAGACAUGAAUGGAAAAGAGAUCAGUGGGAAAGUUAUAUUUGUAGGCCGUGCACAGAAGAAAGUAGAACGUCAGGCUGAAUUAAAACGGAAAUUCGAGCAGCUGAAACAGGAGAGAAUUAGUCGAUACCAGGGAGUAAAUCUCUACAUUAAGAACUUGGAUGACACCAUUGAUGAUGAGAAAUUAAGGAAAGAGUUUUCUCCAUUUGGAUCAAUCACCAGUGCUAAGGUAAUGCUGGAGGAUGGAAGGAGCAAAGGGUUUGGCUUCGUCUGCUUUUCAUCUCCUGAAGAGGCGACCAAAGCAGUCACUGAGAUGAACGGACGCAUUGUAGGCUCCAAGCCACUGUACGUUGCCCUGGCCCAGAGGAAGGAGGAGAGAAAGGCUCACCUGACCAACCAGUACAUGCAGCGUGUGGCCGGGAUGAGAGCUCUCCCUGCCAGUGCCAUUUUAAAUCAGUUCCAACCUGCAGCUGGUGGCUACUUUGUGCCAGCAGUUCCACAGGCCCAGGGAAGACCUCCAUAUUACACACCUAACCAGUUAGCACAGAUGAGGCCUAAUCCACGCUGGCAGCAAGGUGGGAGACCUCAAGGCUUCCAAGGGAUGCCAAGUGCUAUACGCCAGUCUGGGCCUCGUCCAGCUCUUCGCCAUCUGGCUCCAACUGGUAAUGCUCCGGCCUCUCGUGGCCUCCCUACUACCACUCAGAGAGUCGGGUCUGAGUGCCCGGACCGCUUGGCUAUGGACUUUGGUGGGGCUGGUGCCGCCCAGCAAGGGCUGACUGACAGCUGCCAGUCUGGAGGUGUUCCCACAGCCGUGCAGAACCUUACGCCUCGUGCUGCAGUUGCUGCUGCUCCCCGGGCUGUGGCCCCAUACAAGUACGCCUCCAGCGUCCGCAGCCCUCACCCUGCCCUCCAGCCUCUGCAGGCACCUCAGCCUGCAGUGCACGUGCAGGGCCAGGAGCCCCUGACUGCCUCCAUGCUGGCCGCUGCGCCCCCCCAGGAACAGAAGCAGAUGCUGGGGGAACGUUUAUUCCCUCUUAUCCAAACAAUGCAUGCCAAUCUGGCUGGAAAGAUCACAGGAAUGCUGCUGGAGAUCGACAACUCGGAGCUGCUGCACAUGCUGGAGUCCCCAGAGUCUCUCCGCUCCAAGGUGGAUGAAGCUGUAGCAGUUCUGCAGGCUCAUCAUGCCAAGAAAGAAGCUGCCCAGAAGGUGGGCGCGGUCGCUGCUGCUACCUCCUAGACAAGGGAAGGAAGAUGAGUCAGAAGCCAAAUAACCCCUCAUGGAAUUCAGCUCAAGGUUUGAAGACUUCCUAGCUUGUCCUAUGGACCUCAACACCAAGAAACAGAAGUUGCAAAUUUAAUAGGUCAUUUUGUAUCAAAAGGUCAAUUAUGAAGCACCUAGAAUUUUUCAAUUAUAAGAAUAUAUUCUCUGGGUUCUACUUUGGCCCAGUAUUAACUUUUUUUUUUCUAUUGUGGGUUUUGAUUAUUCCCACCCCCAGAAAUUGGUUUUGAUGUACCCAAGUCUUAAGUUUCUCAAUAAAGGGAAAAAACCUCCAUAAAA